ACUGGGAUGAUUGCAUCCAAAAUGCCAUCAAAAAGCAUACGAAGAAGACGUGUUGUAAAUACGUAGCAUCGCAUCAGUGAAUUACCAAGAGAACUGAAAUUUAGUCAAUUUUUCCGAUAUUUCACUAGCUUUUAUCAUAGUCCUAGUAGCCACUACGGUAGCAUUCACAUUUUUAUAAGUGAUUUUUCGCCUUAGAAAAGUAGUUUAUAGAACAGAAUAUGCGUAAAACAUGGGUCAAACGAGACAACAUCUACUACAAGCCUUUCUACAAGCAAAAGCUGAAGAUGACCUUGCUGGGAGUGCUGCUGAUGGCCAUUGUCUUUUUCGGCUAUCAGAUCUUCUACAUCAGUCAGUUGCAAACGGAUUCGUGGGCGGGUGCGCUCGUCCGGCAAGAAGCCGCCCCAAAUCAGGCUAAUAAUAAUGAACAUGGUGUCCAUUCGGCAGGGAAUGAAGCCGCCAAAGUCGUCGCAGAAUCGGCAGAUGACGAUGCAGGGAACAAGGUGCGCGAUGAAGGCGGAGGAGGAGCGGUGGUGGCUGGUGGUAAUGUCAGCAGUAGCAGCAUCACAGUGCUGAGUGGCCCAUCCGACGACAGUCGGUAUGCUUACGUUGAGAAAGUUGGGAACUACGAGAAGAGAAUUCUGCGUGGUAUUCGAUUGCGGGACAUCGAUGCAUACUCCGUGCGCACUACCGCGAUGUUCCGUUGCCUGAGCGGGAAACGAGAAAUCAGUUGGAGCCGGGUGAACGACGAUUAUUGCGACUGUCCCGAGGACGGCAGCGAUGAGCCGGGAACCAAUGCUUGCGAGAAGGGUCGAUUUUAUUGUCGCUUCCAAAAACGCCAUCAGACGGGUCGUGGCGGAUACGCAUCGGUACCCAGCUCGUGGGUCAACGAUGGCAUUUGCGACUGUUGUGAUGGUUCCGAUGAGUGGCUUCGAAGCGAUCACAACUGUCGGAACGUUUGCAGGGAGAAGUACUCGCAUUAACCGUGAAGAACUGAACCGAUGAUAUUCCUACAUGCCACUCUAACUGUAUCAAAUUUGCGAUUGUAUUGUUGAGGAAUGAGAGGAUGUAUGUUUCGUGUGAUUGUGAAUGGAUUCCCUUCGUCUGUUGAGAAUAAAUUAUUCUAGUUUA